GAUGCGUCUCCCCGCCCUCUCACCCGGCAGCCCCUAGGUUCUGGGAAGAUGGCGAAGGUUUCAGAGCUUUACGACGUCUCUUGGGAAGAAAUGCGUGAUAAAAUGAGAAAAUGGAGAGAAGAAAACUCAAGAAAUAGUGAGCAAAUUGUGGAAGUUGGAGAGGAACUAAUUAAUGAAUAUGCUUCUAAACUUGGAGAUGAUAUUUGGAUCAUAUAUGAACAGGUGAUGAUUGCAGCCCUAGACUAUGGUCGGGAUGACUUGGCAUUGUUUUGUCUUCAGGAGUUGAGAAGACAGUUUCCUGGCAGUCACAGAGUCAAGCGACUAACUGGCAUGAGAUUUGAAGCCAUGGAAAGAUAUGAUGAUGCAAUACAGCUAUAUGAUCGGAUUCUACAUGAAGAUCCAACUAACACUGCUGCAAGAAAGCGUAAGAUUGCCAUUCGAAAAGCCCAGGGAAAAAAUGUGGAGGCCAUUCGGGAACUGAAUGAAUAUCUGGAACAAUUUGUUGGAGACCAAGAAGCCUGGCAUGAACUUGCAGAACUUUAUAUCAAUGAACAUGAUUACGCUAAAGCAGCCUUUUGUUUAGAGGAGCUUAUGAUGACUAAUCCACACAACCACUUGUAUUGCCAGCAGUAUGCUGAAGUUAAAUACACCCAAGGCGGACUUGAAAACCUUGAACUUUCAAGAAAGUAUUUUGCACAGGCAUUGAAACUGAACAACAGAAAUAUGAGAGCUUUGUUUGGACUUUACAUGUCAGCAAGUCAUAUUGCUUCUAAUCCAAAAGCAAGUGCGAAAACAAAAAAGGACAACAUGAAGUAUGCUAGUUGGGCAGCUAGUCAGAUAAACAGAGCUUAUCAGUUUGCAGGUCGAAGUAAGAAGGAAACCAAAUACUCUCUCAAGGCAGUUGAAGACAUGUUGGAAACACUGCAGAUUACCCAGUCUUAAGAUUUCAAAAACUUUCACACUCCAUUUCACAACUGCACAACUGAACUUAUUGGCCUGUGACUUAUUUACUACAUGUCCAAUUCUAUUUAUAUAGUGAUUUUCUCUUAAGACAGUUCUAAAGAAUGUGUUUAUAUAAACUUAAAAAUGCCUUUUAUUGAUAAGCAGGAAAAUGGGAAAAGUCCAUGGAAGAAAAAUUUAAGAAGAAUCUUAUUGAUUGUACAUCGUUCUCUUAAUAUCACACUGCUUUGAAACCAUAAUGUGAUGUAGAAAUAACCUUGGUAAAUAAACCAUGAUGAUUUAUUAAA